GGUGGCUCUUGUGGCUGUCGCGAGGCUCGGGCUGUGGAGGCGGCGGGCAGUUGUGCCCGGGCUCGCAGGGCGGGUAGAGGGAAGAGGGCUCGGGGUUGGCAGGACCCGGGCUGGGGCCAGGCCGCCAUGGGCUCCCAGGUGCUGCAGAUCCUGCGCCAGGGUGUGUGGGCGGCUUUGAGCGGCGGCUGGUACCAAGACCCGCACCAGGGCGCCGGGGUCAACGCGUUGCACCUCUACCUGUGGCUCUUCCUGCUUGGCUUCCCUUUUACGUUAUACAUGGCUCUUCCUUCUUCUAUGGUGAUAGUAGCAAUUUACUGCCCAGUGAUAGCCACUCUCUUCAUUGUUCUGAAGAUGAUAAACUACCGUCUUCACAGAGCACUUGAUGAAGGUGAGAUUGUGGAGAGAAAUGCCAGUGAGCAUAUGGACAGAAGUGCAAAAGCAGAGCAGAAUAACUCUUCUACCAAGAGAAGGGACAGUAAUGGACCCAGUGAUCCAGGCGGAGGGAUUGAGAUGUCAGAGUUUAUUCGAGAAGCAACACCUCCAGUAGGAUGCAGUUCCCGAAAUUCUUUUGCUGGCCUAGAUCUAAACAACCAGAUUGGAUCAGGUUUAUCUCGUCAUGGAACUGCAGCUACCAUUAAAGGUGAUACAGACACUGCAAAGACUUCUGAUGAUAUCAGUCUGAGUCUUGGUCAGAGUUCUAGUCUUUGUAAAGAAGGGAGCGAAGAGCAAGAUUUGACAGCUGAUCAGAAGACUUUUCAUCUAGUCUCCGUUGAUUCCUUUGUAUCCAUUCAGCCCUCAUUGUCAACUGCACAGGAGUUAUCAAGAGACAGUACUGAUAAAGUGUGCCUUCCUAAUCAGCAUGCAGAUCCUUCUGUGUCAAAUGCAUGUGACACUGAAAUGGCUUCUCUUGUCCCUUUGCAUUCACACUCCUACAGGAAAGAUCAUAGACCACGAGGUGUGCCGAGGACUUCCAGUUCAGCUGUUGCAUUUCCAGAUGUAUCAUUAAAUGACUUUCCUCUCUCUCAACAAAGGCGGGGUCUGGAUACUGUCAGUGAAUUAGAAGCUUGCAAGCCUCAGACCGGAUCCAAAGAAUCAUUAGCUGAGAACUCAUGUAUUUCUGGUGUAUUUCAACUGGAUGACAUUCUAAAAUGUAGCAAUCCGCAGAUGCUGCUCAACAGCAGCAAGAGUAAAUCUCUACAAGCAGAUAAAAGUGUGGAUAGCCUGAGAAGCCUGAGUACAAGAAGUAGUGGCUCAACAGAGAGUUAUUGUAGUGGGACUGACCGUGACACCAUCAGUACUGUCAGCAGCUAUAAAAGUGAGCAGACAAGUUCUACUCAUAUAGAAAGCAUGUUGUCGGACCAUGAGGUGUCACCUAAAGAAGAGAAAAAAAGCAGCAAGAAAAAAGACUAUGCUGUUGAUUCUGAGGACUCUCACAUUGCUACUAACAAAAGGACAAGCAAGGAAAGAACUAUAGUUGAAACUAACACCAGCAGUUGCAUUCAAGUAGAAGAAUGCCUGAAUGCAUCAGAGGAGAUGCACAAUCAGAGGGCCCUUAGUACCUCUGCUUCAGAAGAAGCAAAUAAGAAUCCUCAUGCUAAUGAACUAACCACACAAGCAGAACAGUCUCCCGGAAACCCUACUGUGAAAAGAGAUGAACAUCAAGAGAAAUCUUCCGUGGUUGACUUAAGAACUUGUAAGGAAAUGGUGGAAAAGCAGAAGGAGGGGGAUGUGCGUCCUAAAUCAUGUAGCUUAAUUCAUCGGACAGCUUCAGCUCAAAAAUCCAGCAGGAGAAGGACAGGGAAAAAACGGGCGAGUAGUUUUGACACAAGUCGACACAAAGAGUAUAUUUCCUUCCGAGGGGUGUCUGCUACCAAGCCCCACAGUGCAGGUUUUUGCCAUGAUGAAGACUCAAGUGAUCAAAGUGAUUUGAGCCGAACUUCAAGUAUGCAGUCAGCCCACCAGUUCAGCAGUGAUAGCUCUUCCAGCACAACUUCUCAUUCAUGCCAGUCUCCUGAAGGAAAAUUCAAUGCCCUAAAGACAAAAUAUAUUGCCAAAGAGAGGGGCGCAGACUUGGAAAAUUCUUACAAAAUUCACUUGGGCACUGAUGUGAUUGUCAAAAAGCAUUCAACCCGACAGACUCACAGUACAAACAGUGCCAAGAGUCGUACCAGGGUAUUAAGCUUGGAUAGUGGUGCAGUAGCCUGUUUGAAUGAUCCAAAUCUAAUGAUGCCAGAUACAAUAAAACAACUAACAACUUCUAAAUCUGACUUAGAGGCCAAAGAGGGAGAGGUGCUUGAUGAGCUAUCUCUGUUGGGAAGGGCUUCACAGCUAGAAUCAGUCAUGCGCUCUAGAAAUAGCUUACCAAACCAGCCUAUGUUUACUGAAAGAGAAGAUCAGGAGAAGGGAAGCAUUGCAGCACAAGCCAAUGAGGAAGCAGUCACAGUUCGGCGUGAACGCAGCACAUUUAGGCGUCAGGCAGUACGGCGCCGUCACAAUGCAGGGAGUAACCCUACCCCUCCUUCAUUGCUCAUCGGCUCUCCCCUCAGCCUUCAAGAUGUUCAGCAAGGGCAGCAGUCCACAGCCAAAGUCCAGUCACGCCCCCAUUCCCAGGCAGCAGUGCUCAGCGCUAGCACCUCCUUGCUGGUGAGAAAUGGGAGUGUCCAGUUAGAAGCAACACAUGACAAUGCAUCUGCUGUCGGCAGCAGCAGUUUGCACAAUGAACUUGGUAAGUUCAGUUCCACACUCUAUGAGACGGGGGGCUGCGAUAUGUCGCUUGUGAAUUUUGAGCCAGCUGCAAGAAGAACAUCUAACAUCUGUGAUACGGAUUCUCAUGUAUCAAGUUCUACCUCAGUUCGUUUUUAUCCACACGAUUUACUUUCCCUCCCUCAGAUCAGACUGAACAGACUGUUGACCAUAGAUACCGAUCUUCUGGAGCAUCAAGACAUGGACCUAAGUCCUGAUCUGCAGGACCAUCUCCAACCACAAGAGGAGCCAUCGCAAAAAGUAAAACACUAUUAUCGCUUUGGGAUAUUCCCCAAAGUCUGGAUUGGUAUCAAUUUUGAUAGAUUGACUCUUUUGGCUUUGUUUGACAGGAAUCGUGAGAUCUUGGAAAAUGUAUUAGCUGUCAUUCUAGCUAUUCAAGUGGCUUUCCUAGGUUCUGUACUCCUUAUAGAAGGCUUUUUCAAGGACAUCUGGGUCUUCCAAUUUUGUUUGGUGAUUGCCAGUUGCCAGUACUCUUUGCUGAAGAGCGUUCAGCCAGAUUCUUCAUCACCUCGACACGGUCAUAACCGAAUCAUUGCCUACAGCAGGCCUGUUUACUUCUGUAUAUGCUGCAGUCUCAUUUGGCUAUUGGACUAUGGCAGCAAGAGCACUUUUACUGCACGAUUCCAACUAUAUGGAAUGGCUUUCAUGAAUCCACUAUUGCUGCUUUCAGCAAGGGACUUGAUAAUGGUGUUUAUACUAUGCUUCCCUAUAGUAUUCUUCAUUGGUCUUCUGCCUCAGGUGAACACAUUUGUGAUGUACCUUUGUGAACAAUUAGAUAUUCAUGUCUUUGGUGGCAAUGGAAUACAUAUUUGUCUACAGGAUUCUUGGGAUGGUCAACAUAUUCCAGUGCUUUUUUCAGUAUUCUGUGGUACAUUAGUGGCAAUUUCCUAUCAUCUCAGCCGACAAAGUAGUGAUCCUUCUGUCCUUUUCUCUUUAGUGCAAUCAAAGCUUUUUCCUACUUCAGAAGAUAAAAACCCAGAAGAUCCAUUAUCUGAAGUCAAAGACCCCUUACCUGAAAAGCUUAGAAACUCAGUGAAUGAACGUCUGCAGUCUGAUUUUGUUGUUUGUGUAGUCAUUGGUGUACUUUAUUUUGCAAUCCAUGUCAGCACAGGGUUCACAGUAUUGCAGCCUGUUUUAAGUUACGUUUUGUAUGCAUUGGUGGGAUUAAUAGGAUUUAUGACCCAUUAUGUGCUGCCUCAGCUCCGAAAACAGCUCCCAUGGCACUGUUUUUCUCAUCCAUUGCUGAAAACCAAGGAAUACUAUCAGUUUGAAGUCCGCAAUGCCGCACAUGUUAUGUGGUUUGAAAAAGCUCAUAUAUGGCUUCUUUUUGUGGAGAAGAAUAUAAUCUACCCCUUGGUAGUCCUCAAUGAGCUCAGCAGCAGUGCAAAGGCUAUUGCUAGUCCAAAGAGAUUAGAUACAGAACUUGGUGCUUUAAUGAUUACUAUAGCUGGUAUGAAGUUGCUGCGCUCAUCUUUUAGCAAUCCAACCUACCAGUAUGUCACUAUCAUUUUUACAGUGCUUUUCUUUACGUUCGAUUACAAUCGAUUCUCUGAAACCAUGCUGCUAGACUUGUUCUUCAUGUCCAUACUCUUCAGCAAGCUUUGGGAACUUUUUUACAAACUGAGGUUUGUGUACACUUACAUUGCUCCUUGGCAAAUCACAUGGGGAUCUGCUUUCCAUGCUUUCGCCCAACCCUUUGCUGUGCCCCAUUCCGCAAUGCUGUUUGUCCAGGCAAUCGUGUCUGCCUUUUUCUCUACCCCAUUGAACCCUUUUUUGGGAAGUGCAAUAUUUAUCACCUCUUAUGUCAGACCUGUCAAGUUCUGGGAGAGAGAUUACAACACAAAACGAGUGGACCACUCAAACACAAGACUGGCUUCUCAGCUUGACAGAAACCCAGGUUCUGAUGAUAAUAACUUGAAUUCAAUCUUCUAUGAACAUUUAACUCGCUCCCUUCAGCACAGCCUGUGUGGAGAUUUACUCUUGGGGCGAUGGGGAAACUACAGUACUGGAGAUUGCUUUAUUCUUGCUUCUGACUACCUCAAUGCACUUGUACACCUUAUAGAGAUUGGCAAUGGCUUAGUCACCUUCCAACUGAGAGGGCUUGAAUUCAGAGGAACUUAUUGCCAGCAGCGAGAAGUAGAAGCCAUCACUGAAGGGGUUGAAGAAGAUGAAGGGUUUUGUUGCUGUGAACCUGGUCAUAUCCCUCAUGUGUUGUCUUUUAAUGCUGCCUUCGGCCAGCGUUGGCUCGCUUGGGAAGUUCUUGUCACAAAGUAUGUCUUGGAGGGUUACAGCAUCACUGACAACAGUGCUGCUUCCAUGCUUCAGGUCUUUGAUCUGAGAAAAAUACUCACCACAUACUAUGUCAAGGGUAUCAUCUAUUAUGUAAUAUCCUCUCCCAAGCUAGAGGAAUGGUUAUCAAAUGAAACAAUGCAGGAAGGACUGCAGCAAUGCGCAGACCAAAAUUACGUAGAUGUAGACCCUACAUUUAAUCCGAACAUUGAUGAGGAUUAUGAUCAUCGGCUAGCAGGGAUUUCAAGAGAAAGUUUUUGUAUAAUUUAUCUCAACUGGGUAGAAUAUUGCUGCUCUCAGAGAGAAAAACCACUCAAUGCAGAUAAGGAUUCUUCUCUGGUUACCCUUUGCUACGGGCUGUCUGUUCUUGGUCGAAGAGCUCUAGGAACUGCUUCACAUCAUAUGGCUAGUAAUCUGGAAUCUUUCCUGUAUGGGCUCCAUGCCUUGUUUAAAGGAGACUUUCGUAUAUCAUCAAUUCGAGAUGAAUGGAUUUUUGCAGACAUGGAAUUACUGAGAAAAGUGGUGGUUCCUGGAAUACGCAUGUCACUAAAACUGCAUCAGGAUCAUUUCACCUCUCCCGAUGAAUAUGAUGAUCCCGCUGUUCUCUAUGAAGCUAUCACAACGCAUGAACAAAAUCUGGUUAUAGCUCAUGAGGGGGACCCGGCUUGGCGAAGUGCUGUACUUUCCAAUUCUCCCUCCCUACUUGCCCUUCGCCAUGUGAUGGAUGAUGGCACCAACGAAUACAAGAUCAUCAUGCUGAACAAGCGCUAUCUAAUCUUCAGAGUCAUUAAAGUAAAUAAGGAAUGUGUCCGUGGCCUUUGGGCUGGGCAGCAGCAAGAGUUGGUCUUCUUACGCAAUCGAAACCCAGAAAGAGGGAGCAUCCAAAAUGCAAAACAAGCCUUGAGGAACAUGAUUAAUUCAUCUUGUGAUCAGCCUAUUGGAUACCCAAUUUAUGUCUCACCUCUGACAACUUCAUAUUCCGAUAGUCAUGAACAGCUAAGAGAAAUUCUGGGUGGUGCCAUCAGUCUGGGAAACAUCAAGAACUUCAUAGUGUCUACAUGGCACAGGUUAAGAAAAGGCUGUGGUGCUGGUUGCAACAGUGGAGGAAACAUUGAAGAUUCGGAUGCUGGAGGUGGUACUUCCUGCACAAGUAAUAGUGCAACUGUGAACGAUUCUCAGAGCAGCGUAUCUCAAGGAGGUGGGAAUGCAACUAUUGGACAGGGAUCUGGAGUAGGACUGCAACCCCCCGUCGCCUCUCAUCCAGUCACUCUAGGCACCAGCCAGAGUGCUCAUUCUGUGCAGUCAAGCCUUAUCAGACAUUCCCCAGCUCGUGCUUCAGUUGCCAGCCAGUCAACUUACUGCUACAGCAGUCGUCACUCAUCCCUCCGGACAUCCACCACAGGCUUUGUGCCUUGCCGACGGUCUUCCACCAGCCAGCUUUCCCUUCGCAAUCUUCCAUCGUCCAUACAGUCCCGUCUGUCCAUGGUGAACCAGAUGGAACCCGCUAACCAGACUGGUGUUGCCAGUAUGCAGCAUGGUCUCCCUUCUUCAAGCAGUUCCAGUCAGAGCAUCCCAGCCAGCAAACAACAUGCCCUUGUUGGCUUUUUAGGGACCGAAGGAAUGACAAAUGUCACUGAUUCACAGGCAGGCACAAAUGUGAGCCCUGUGAACCAGACACAAACCAAAAGGGAUGAUGUUGUUUACAGAAUUCAGAUAAUAGAUCCUAGCCAGGUUUUGGAAGGGAUCAACUUAUCCAAAAGAAAAGAACUGCAAUGGCCAGAUGAAAUGAUAAGACUAAGAGCUGGAAGAAACAGCUGGAAAGACUGGAAUCCUCAAGAAGGCAUGGAAGGCCAUGUGAUUCACCGUUGGGUGCCUUGCAGCAGAGAUCCAGGGCAUAGGUCCCAUAUAGACAAAACCAUCUUGCUCGUCCAAAUUGAAGACAAAUAUGUUGCAGUGAUUGAAACUGGAGUCCUGGAACUUGGGGCUGAAGUGUGACCUUCUUCGACAAUUAACAUCUAGUCAUCUCCAUAAUGUUUAGGUAUAAAAUAAGGAGCCUCAAAAGGAUACUCUUAACAGCUCAAGUAAAAGGAAGAGACUUGAACACGAACUUAAGAGUAGAUGUCAGUCUCCAAAAGAAUUAAGAGGGUGCUUAUGAUAUUUUUCAAGUUAGCUACUGAAGAAAAUAUUGUGCACGAAGGGUAAACAGGAUAUAUCUUUUGCUUUAUCCAUUAUUUUAUCCAUUGCAAUGCUUUAAAACAACCCCACAUUUUCCAAGUUUCAAAACAGGAGCAUCUCAUCUUUCUAAUUAUCUUGCCAAAAAAUUUUUGUCUCAAUGUAGAUUCAGUUCAUUUUUUAAAGCAGCUGAAAAUUGUAUAAAUGUCGAGGUCAGUGUGAAGCUGAAUAGAAUGUUUCAUUUACUGCAAGCGUAACCAGAUUUUAAAGUUCUUAUUUCUUCUAAGUUGAAAAAAAAAGAUCGUUGAGAAAACUGCACUAUUUUUUUUUUAUGGCAAUGCACUACAAAAAUCUGAGAUUGCUCAGAACAUUUAUUGAUAUAAAUAUAUAUAUAGAUAGAUAUAAAAGAAAAUACCGUUAUUUAAAUUGCCUUUGGGAUUAGCCACUUUCUCCGUAUUCAUAUGAUGGUAGGAAAUACUAUUGGUUCAUUUUUGGCUAAAAAAAUGCCCAACAAUUUAUUUAUUCUGUCCUAUUUACAAUAUAUGAUGGAUUAACCAGUAAUUAUAUAAUAAAACUCCAGGGAAGCCUAACUCACGGUGAAACCAAUUGAUAGUGUAAAGUUUGUCUUUUUACAUAACAGACUCAAUCAUACAAUUGUGCAUUUUCUUCCUCUACUUUUGUUACUUUCCAAUAUGGAGUCAACAAAAAUAUAUUACUGGGCUCCUUUGCUUUUCUUUUUAUGGAAAACUGGAUGAGAUACAUUGUUUUAAAUAAGGUUGUGACUUUAUCUCUGUUUUGGGACUUACUCCUUUAUUAAGCAAAAUAGUUUACUUUUUUUAAAAAAUAAAGGAUAAAAAUCAGAAGGCAUGUUGUAUCAUAUUAUCUGUAUCAUUUUGCGUUUUAGCUCCCUUUAGUUGCUAUUAUGUUUUGUGACUUGAAUUUAUUUUCAAUAAUUAUAUAUUCUGUAAUAAUUGUACUUUGCAUAUAACUGUGAAACUGAUUUAUGUUGCUUAUCAUUGAUUUUUACUGAUUGGAAUUUUUAGUGUGUGUUUUCAGGGAAACAAGUUACUCAAACACCAACAGAGAAAGGGGACAAAGUUGCAAUUUUUUAUCUUGCUGUUUCUAUGACUUGCUCACAAUGUUAAUGGAAAGUUUUAUAUGUAGUGGUUGUUUCCUUCUGAAACUCUGAGCUCAGUGGGAAACAGAAUAAUUUGCAGUUGUAGCUUUUAGAAGCAGCCAUCUUUUAUUUUUGAACUAUUCCUAUGCAUGGGUGAUCUUACAAGCAAGAAAUUGCAGUGAAACAUAACCAUUGUACACUUAAUGAAUGAACAUGGUCAAAUGUCAUAACAGGAACAAUCUGAUACCAUAAAAACAGCCUUUGCAGCUUGCUAAAUAUAUUAAAGUAAAGUAAAAUAAAAUCCAAAUGCCAUUCUCACUGUAUUACAAUCUUGACCAUACUUUGCAAAGCUGUUCACUGCUGCAGAUAAUUCUUGCAAGUAUCUGAAACCCACAAAAUUUGGGAGGGAAGCAGCAUUUAUAAUAAAAUAUAGAAAAAAGGUUCAAAAAGAUUUUGCUGUUCUGGUAAAAUAUACAUCCACCCGCUAAUGUCUGAAUGCCCUCAGUUUAAACCCUGAUGCUAUCACAUUUUCAUCAUUUUAUGAACAAGAGAAAAACCGUUUUCUGAGUUUUUGUCAGACAUCUCUCUUCACAUUUUAGUUGACAAUUAAAUAUUCAUUUAUGUUUUUGACUUUCUCAAUAAUAGAAAGAAAAUGCAAUCUACUUUUCAAAAAGAUUAAUCAGUCAUUUUGAAUAUAUUAAAUCCAUUGAUAAAGAGUGUUUUUGAAGGUUAGCUUGAAUGAGGCAAUGAACACUGUAAUAUGGAAAAUUGGAUUUUUCUGAUAAGAUAUUUUUAAUUAUUAAUAAGAACAAAAAUGCCACUCUGUGACAUAGGAUACUCCACAGUUACUGACUACAUUUGAAACUAAAUAGGUACUGUUAUAUUGAAAGAAAAGAUAAUUUCGAGAUUUCCGGUAUGAUUAUAUCUACAUUCAUUUAGAAUGUGAUAAAUUUAGUUUAAACAAUUGAAAACAAAUUACUUGAUUAGCACAAUCUCAAUCACAUCUUUGUUAGAUAUAAAUCUCAUCUAAUUAGCAUUCAUGAGAAUAUAUAUAUCUAGUUUUAUUUCAAGAUUUUUAAGAUGUUCAUCUUCCAAUAAAUUGGUAGAUGAUCUUUUAUGUAGGAUUAACUAUUUAGUGUUUUUGAAAUUUUUUUCUUUGCUUGUUGCGGUAUAUGAGCUUGGAAGCCAAAUUAAUUGUUUUGCAGCUUUUCAUAUAUGGACUUGGUAGCUUUCUUCAUUUAUUUUCUCCAAAUAGUUGGGACAGGCAUUCUGAAAACUGUACAAUUUUUUUUGCAUUUGAUACUAAGCCUUGUACAAAACUAGUAACACACUAAAUUAAUUUCUAGAUUAAGCUAUAAUAUUUAUGUAGAAAAAGUUUAUGAAAGUUAAUUUGCCUAUUAUCAAUGUUUAUAAAUAUAUGCAUAAUAAACUGAUAAUCCAACUAGGCACUAAUUUAAUGUAAAAUCACAGACAUAUACUUAGCUUCCCAGUUAAUAUUUUGGGAAAUUAAAGGAGAAAUUUCUUUUACCUCGUGAAAUGCUUUAAUUUUCAUAAAGUACAAAAUCUUAAAUUGCUCAAUAUUCUGUAUAUGUUCUUGUAACCUAGGAAAUAGAUAUGGAGGGAAGGAAAUGUUUUUGAAAAAUUAUAACUUUUACAAGGUGGUGUUUUUUUUUCCCUUUGUUGCUUUUUCUACCCAUGCUUGCUGCUGUUGAAGAAUGACUAGUUGCAAUGUUAUGUGAAAAUAUUUAAUAGAUGGUACAGAGUGUUAUGGAAGAGGCCUUUGAAAAUGUAGUUUUGGGGACACAUUUUACCCAAACUGACACUGAAAUGCCUUCUUAACAGAUGACAUGAAGCAGUGAUGCCAGCCCUUCAGUUCCAUAUAUUUUAAGUUGUAAUAACUCUACCAGUGGAUUAGUGCAAUUGAAAGAGCUUUUCAAAGCAUACCUAAAUAUUUCAUAUUAGUUGUAGGUUCAGCCACCAGGUUUUAUAUACCUAAUUUUAUUAAGAGAGAUUUUUCUUACCUAUUAUAUAAGUUCUACUUGUCUGGUCCUACUUGGUGAUUGGUAACUUGAUGCCAUUAGCCCCGCAAUGCUAGACAGUAUAAGAAUUAUAGCAGUAUUUAAUGUGUGCCUUAGUAAAAUGGUGGUGAGUACAUAAGACCUUGGUGGGAGCUACUGCCCACAUGUAGUUUUCCUUAAUUUUUUUUAAAAGAUGGCUGCUCUAAAAGGCUUCAUAGAUUUGUAUACACCGUUCAUCAGCAAACAUAUUUGAAAAUACCAUUUAGAUAUUUUUACUUACUUUACAGACAACCCAAAUGGAUGACAAAAGUCACAGAGGUUACAAAUCAGACUUGUUACUUCUUUAUGAACUCGGCCAGAUAAUGAACUGCUAAUUAUUACCUUAAAUAAUGGGAGGGUGAAGAUAAAAUGAGUUGGAAAAUGGAAUAUGUGCUUUGCAUUUACCAGCAUAUGGAGAACUUGCCAGGGAUAGGGUUAUGUGUCCUUUGUAUGUGUCAGUGAGAGUAUGAGCGUGUGGAUGUGUGUAUGUUGUUUGAAACAGCCUGUAAAUAUUGUUGCUGUUUAAAACUGGGAAAAGUUGACAGGAUUUGUUUGUAACAUGUUGCUUUGAAAAGACAGUAUUGACAGUGAAGAAACAAUGAAAUUUAAAAAAAAUCUUCUUGU